AUGGUUUCUGAUUGUUUCCCAAAUAGCGACAUUGCGGAUGGCCAUCAAUGGUUGGAACGUUUGAAGAAAUUUCGUCAUCGAUGGUGUUCUUUAUGGUUGAGAGAUCAAUUCACAGCCGGGAUGUUGACUACGCAAGCUAGUGAGUCGUGCAAUGCACAAGUGCGACUUUUCUUGAAGCCGAGGCAUGAUUUGGACUUGUUUUUCAUUCACUUUAGCAGUUUGUUGGCUGACAAAAGACGCAAGGAGACAGAGUCAGACUACAAUGCAAAACAAUCGAUUCCUUAUAUAAUGUUGGAGAAUAGCCCGAUCCUCCAACAUGCGGCAAAAAUCUUUACUCCUAAAAUUUUCGAAAAGAUACAGAAGCAGUAUUUGGUGGCUGAAUCCUAUAUAAUAAAGAAGCUCUCAGAUAAUAGGGAUGAUGGCAUGAUUGGCUACCUCAUAUAUAUGAUGGAGGAUAGUGAGCGUAGUGAUGAGCGUGUCGUCCUCGUAGAUAUUUCUACGACGACCUUGGUAUGCGAAUGCAGAAUGUUCAGAACUUUAGGAGUGUUAUGCCGCCACAUGAUUAAGGUGAUGCGGCUUCUUGGAGAUUUUGGGGAAGCAAGUAUGAGAAGUAUUCCGGAUCAUUACAUACUCAAGCGAUGGACGUUGGAGGCGAGAGAGAGAGAAGUUUUUGAUGUCGAUGGUUCUGUUGGUCCUUCAGCUCCCAGUGAGAAUGAUGCGGGAAAAGGUAUAGCAAUGCGGUACCGGGAAACCACUGCAAUGUUGAAUCAGCUAGCAAUGAAUAUGUCGAUGGCCGAUGAGAAGGACUACAAUAAGUGGAUGGGAGUACUCAAGAAAGUGUGCAAUGAGGCAAACAAGGCAUUGUCAAAGACUAUAACUAGCGAGGACAGACGAUCUGUACCGAUAACUGGGCUGACUUUGAAGGAGAAGAGUAAUCCAAGGAGUCACGGUAAGGAACGUUACAAGUCUACGAAUGAAAAGGAACGUCGUCGAAAGAAACGUGAAUAUAGGAAGAGAAUGAAAUCCAUUGUAGUGGUCACGGCGGACGACACUGCUCACUCGGAUGGUCAUCUUAGUGAUUUGGAUGAUAAUAUUGCUCAAUGGUUAUGA